AUGAAGUUUCAUUUCCAAAGUGAGUUGUCGGUCGACGGACGAGGAGAGCGCAGUGGCGUCAUCGACAUAAUUUGCCACGAUUGGCGUAUCUCGUUAGUUGGAGAGGUGGUGCCGCGCCGGCUGCGCUACGAUAUUUGCACCACCGCUCUCCGUAGCGCCCCCGCCCUACGCCUCUACGCCAACCGCCCUAUGCGCGAGUCCGCUUCUCGUAGCUUCCACCGCCCCGGCGCA